AUGUCUGACCCCAAGGGCUACACCGUCGAACCAGACCCUCUAUCGCCUGCUGACAACAACGCCUACGCGUGUGGCAGGAUUGGAAGACAUAUGGUCGUCAUUGCCGUCUUACCCGAUGGCGAAUACGGUGUAUCUUCCGCAGCAAAUACGAAUGGCUCGACACUAGAACCUGGAUUGUAUGGUAUCAACGGAAGAGAGACGGUGAAAUACAACCUCUGCUUGAAAACGCCGUACCGUCGGACAUUCGAAACGAACAUGUUGGAUACCAGAAUCGUCAUCAUACUUGGCUAA